AUCAACAACAUACUUUAUUUUAUGCUCAUAAAAUUUUCAUUAAUAUCCUCCAUUCCCCAAAACAAAGAGGUGAGACAUCAAAAGGUGGGCAUUAUACUACAGACUGUCUGCUGGUUGUCUGUUUGAUGAUUCGUGGUCAUAAACAUACAUGUAACUUGAAUGCCAUAGGUAGGUAGGCACCCUUUUCCACCGGGGGAUGCUUGACAUGAAGGGAUACUGACCAAAGCUCACUAACUGACAAUGGAUGGCAUGUUUGAUGGACAGACUCAAGAGAUACAUACAGCCGUACAGACAAACAAUACAGACAGACUCCUACAGCUGAUACAGGCGGGCCACAGCGUCAACAGUGAAGACGUGGACCUGGUCAGACCGCUACACGAGGCCUGCUUCAGAGGCCAUGUCGACUGUGUGAAAAUUCUACUGGACAAUGACGCAGAGGUAAAUGUGAGGAACAUUGAUGGAGCUACCCCUCUGUGUGACGCUGCCAGCAGUGGACAUGUAGACAUCGUCAGGAUUCUACUACAGCGGGGGGCAUAUGUCAACCCUCCUCUUCUGUUAACUUCUCCUCUGCAUGAGGCAACUCUCAGAGAUAAAUGGGAAACAGUGGAGGUAUUGUCGGCAGCUGGAGCUAAUCUGAACUUCUCGGACUGUCACUUCGGAACUCCUCUUCAUGUAGCAGCAUGUCAAGGCAGUCUGACAUGUGCACAAGCUUUGCUUCGAGCAGGUGCCUGUGUGAAUUCCAUUAAAUCCCUUAACACCUCUCUCCAUGAGGCUGCCAGGAGACAGGACGUGCCCCUCAUUCUCGUCCUGCUGGCGUACGGAGCGGAUGUAACGAUGAGAAACAACAAUGGACUACGACCCAUUGAUCUGGUCCCCAGCUCUACACACCCUGCUAAACAAGUCCUACUGCAGUGGGAAUGUGAACCACGUGAUUUGAGACAUUACUGCAGGCUGCUGAUCAGGAGAUGUUUGGGAUCCGGAAGACUUAAGUAUAUACCGGAACUUCCGGUUCCCAAACUACUCCAUCAAUACCUGGACUUCCGAUGCUAGUCCUCCAAUGGAAUUGUUUUUACUAUAUGUUAUUUCAUUUUUUGCUGUUUGUGCGAGGACUGUUUUGUUUGAAGAAAGGAAUUUAAUUAAUUUGUUAUAAGAAAAGUAAUGAAUAUACUGUAGAUGUCUUUAAUUUCAGGUGUCUAUAAUUUCACGGUUUGUUAGAAAGUAACCUUUCACGGUGGUUUUAAUUUCACGGAGAAUCGUUUGUAAAUAUUCAGGUACUUAGACUGUUUCUAGGUAGAAAUGACUUGAAAUAAUAAUCACGAUGGUUUAAAGUUCACGGAAAAUUCUUAAAUCGUGAACAUAGUGAAAUUAAAAACACCGUAAUGUUUUCCACUUCUACAGUAUCUCGUAAACUUUCUACGGUGUCCUCAUCCUUACUUUUUCGUAAAUAAACUGCUAUUAAGAAGGAUAUGGAGAUAACGAACAGUAUUCAAUAUCAAAGUCUAUAAAACAAUACAAAAUAGGAGCAGGGCAAACAUGGACCUCCAAAACAUCAGAGGUGGGAUCAGGUGUCAUGGAGGAGUGAGCAUCCCCUGCUGACCAGUCACAUCUGACGUGUGCUCCUUGUCAUGAUCAGGAAAUAACGGAAAAUCCGUCAAAGCAGAAACUUCAGAUGAACUGUGCUACAGUAUACUCAAAAAGUUACAAACAAGGGAUUUUUGAAUGUCCGAGAACUUUUUAAAAAUUUGGAAUGUUUUUUGCUCUCCCAUUUGCUUGGAUAUAGGAGUACAUUUUUAUUUAGAAGUUCAAAGAAAUAUAUUUUAAUACAUGUACAUUUAAAUAAAAAGAGCAGGUCUUCUUUGAAUGGAUCAAAAGUUCACCACUUAUGAAAUUUCUGAUAGAAUCCAAUUUUUUCCCUUUAAAAGCUCCCACUGCUUCUGAGUUGUUGCUAUGCUAAAUAAGAAAUACAACAUGUUCAUUUAUUUUAUUGAUUACACAUUCAAAGCAUGCCUCAUGAUAUGAUUUUAAUUUUUUGCAGCAUACAAACAUAAGCUUGAGGGUAAUUUCAUCAAAUCAUAUCAUUCCUUCAUGAGCAAAAAAUAACAUAAGGAUAUGGAAAUAACAAACAUUAUUCAAUAUCAAAGUCUAUAAAAACAAUUCAAAAUAGGAAGAAAGCAAACACGGACCUCCAAAACAUCAGAGGUGGGAUCAGAUGCUAUGGAGGAGUAAGCAUCCCCUACUGACCGGUCACACCCUCCGUGUGCAUCUGAAUCCUCUUGAUAGAGGAAUAAAAUUGAUUCAGUAAUUUUAUUCAUAUAUUUUAUCUAUUCUCAUUUGUGUAGCUAUGUGUAUGUUGUGGAUUGGUUCUUGUCUGAGAGAUUGUUGGUAUGAGUAUAGAGCAGCCUGGAGGUC